CACCGCUCCCUCCCUCUGCGCAUGUGCAUCCCCGCCUUCUCCUCCCCGCUCCACCGUUACCGGCCUCCAGCUCCUCGCAGCCGCCGCACCGCUCCCUCCCUCUGCGCAUGUGCAUCCCCGCCUUCUCCUCCCCGCUCCACCGUUACCGGCCUCCAGCUCCUCGCCACCACUGCGCCGCUCCCUCCCUCUGCACAGCUGCGUCCCCGCCUUCUCCUCCCCGCUCGUCCGUUCCCGGCCUCCAGCUCCUCGCCGCCCCGCUCCCUCCCUCUGCAGAGGUGCAUCCCUGUCUUCUCCUCCCGGCUCGACCGUUACCGGCCUCCAGCUCCUCGCCGCCGCGGCGCUGCUCCCUCCCUCUGCGUAUGUGCAUCCCCGCCGUCUCCUGGCUUGGUCUUCCCCGGCCUCCAGCCCCUCGUGAGAAACCUUCCCUGGCUUCCGGGUUCACGAGUCUCCUUUGUGUGUUCCAAUUUGGGAGCAUCCCUAGGUUACCAUGUGAAUAAGUCGAAUGCAGUCUUCAAGCUGAAACAAGGAAAAGAACCGUGGAUAUUGGAAGUGGAAUUUCCAUACCGGAAUUACCCGGAAGAUCUCUGGAAAAUUCAUGACAGAGGAGCGAAAUGCCAGGAAAUCCGAGCUGAAAAUUCAAGGAAUGGAGAACUCACAAAACACCAGCAAACUCAAGCCAGAGAGAAAAUCCAUAAAUGCAACGAAUGUGGAAAGUCCUUCUGCCAGAAGUCUAUCCUCGUAAUACAUCAGCAUAUUCAUUCAAAGGACAAACGGGAAUGCAGGGAAUCUCGUUCUAGAAAUGGAGACCGCACAGUACAACAGAAAACUUCCACCAGAGAGAAAACCUAUGAAUGUAAGGAGUGUAAAAAAACUUUCUAUCACCUGUCAUCUCUUAGUAGACAUUUGAGGACUCAUGCAGGGGAGAAACCCUAUGAAUGUAAUCAGUGUGAGAAAUCCUUCUGCCAGAAGCCACACCUUGUAGAACAUCAGAAAACACACACAGGAGAGAAACCCUUGGAGUGUAAUGAAUGUGGGAAGUUCUUCUAUGUUAAGGCAUACCUCAUGGUACAUCAGAAAACACACACAGGGGAGAAACCGUAUGAAUGUACGGAAUGUAGGAAAUCCUUUUCCCAGAAAUCACACCUCACAGUACAUCAGAGAACACAUACGGGGGAGAAACCUUACAAAUGUAAGGAAUGUGGGAAAUUCUUUUCUAGAAAUUCACACCUCAAAACUCAUCAGAGAACUCACACAGGAGAGAAACCCUAUGGAUGUAAGGAAUGUGGGAAAUGCUUCUACCAGAAGUCAGCCCUCACAGUACAUCAGCGAACUCACACAGGGGAAAAACCCUUUGAAUGUCAUAAAUGUGGAAAAAACUGUUACUAUAAAUCAGACCUCACUAAACAUCAGAGAAAACACACAGGGGAGAAGCCCUACGAAUGUCAUGAAUGUGGUAAAUCUUUCUCCAUGAAUUCAGUCCUCAGAUUACAUCAAAGGAUGCACACAGGAGAGAAACCCUAUGAAUGUAAGGAAUGUGGGAAAUCCUUCUCUCAGAAGUCACAUUUUAUCAUACAUGAGAGAAAACACACAGGGGAGAAACCCUAUGAGUGUCAGGAGUGUAGGAAAACUUUUAUUCAGAAAUCAAAACUUACCACACAUCAGAAGACACACACAGAAGGAAACAGCUGAAAAAUACUAUGUAUUGGGAACUUCUUUUGGAAUUAAUCCUUUAGGAUAAUUGGAUAAUUCACACAAGACAAAAAACUUAGGAAUAUCAUCUAUCUCAGAAAAUUUUGGUCACAGUCUGCCUUGACAGAAAACAAAAGACACAGAAAUUCUUUAAAUCUAUAAGGGAGAGAUUUUGACAGCAUGUCAGACUUAACUAAGUACCAGACAACCGACAAAUUAUAAAAUCUGAGGGAGACCAUUCGUUCAGAAGUCCUAGUAAAUUGCACAACACAGAAAUCACAUGAGAGAAAUCCUAUAAAAACAAAUGAGUAUCAGGAAUUUUUCUGACAGGGCAGCCAUCGGUAGAUGCCAAAGCUCACCUGAGACGCUCCUAUCAGUCCCCUUCCUGAGCAUUCCGAAACCGCUGACACCAGGUGCACUUGGAGCACUCAGAGGUGUAACUGCAUAGACCGCCUGUAUCGAGAAGUGCUGCUUCCGUGAACUGCAGAUCCCCGGUACCAGGCUAGAACCUUUGCAAGCAUUCCAAAUAUGUGCAAGUUUCUUGACAAAAAUUCAAGGAGAAUCUGUACUGAGUGGGGUUAACAGAUACGCCAGAAGUCAUGUUGCAGCAAUUAGAUUCUGAGGGGUUUUCUUUGCUUUUUGAGUUUUCUUUGGUUUGUUUUUUUUUUUU